AUGUGCGUUUCAUACUACAAUGAUAACCUUAAUGACUGGGAACAACUCCUUGAGACAUUUCCUGAUGACGGAAAUCGUAUGUGGACUUUGCAAGUGGAUGUAUCACGUGCAGACGCUCAGGAACUCUUUACGGAAGAAGACUGGGAAAGCUUGGGCUCACUUCAGGCCUCUCGUUUUACCGUUAUCGUCGUGUCGCGAGACAAUCUUGAGAUAACUAUCCCCAAGACUGCUUUGGACCUUGUUGGCAAACUGGCUACGGUGAAUUUUAUUUAA